UCACCAUGCUGGUCAACCAAUGCCUGGUGAGGAGCAAGAAGAUAUAGUCAUGACCAGUACCCAGAAUAACCUAUUAAAUAUGAAGUGCCCUUUGACAGGAAAGCCUGUUACAGAAUUGCAAAAUCCUGUCCGUUGGAUGGACUGCAAGCACAUUUAUGAGAAGGAACCAGUAAUCCACUAUAUAAGCACAAAGAAACCACAUUCUCGAUGCCCAGUUACAGGUUGCCCAAAAAUUCUCCAAGUUGGACGGGUUGUAUGCGACGCCUUGCUUACAAUAGAAAUUGAUGAAAUGUGUUUGGCAUCAGCUACAAACAUAAAUUCAACAAUGGUAGAAGAUUUUUACAGAAGUUGACUGAAAAUGGCAACACUGCUCCCUGCAACUGUAAGCUUGAUAUAAUUUUUCAAGGUGAUUUAG